CUUUGUCAAUGAAUGCGCACACAAGAUGCGUAUCGAGUUAGAUGCCGCUAGUGCACGGGCGCUAAGGUCGUUGAUUCCUUACGAUAAUCCGCCCUCGGACAGAUUAAGCUAUACAGUACGGUAACGCAUCAUUUGAUGCUGUUGCCAAUUGGCUGUAACCGGGCCAGCCGCUCCUUGGCUGAAGGGGCGUAACCAGAGCGGGCACGCCGUCGUCGAGAUCCCGCUCCACGCCAUCACGCCUCCCACUAGAUUGUCAUGGGCCCAGCACCCUCAGCGCGUCCCCUCAGCAGCGCCUGGCGCUCGCCGUCUCGUCUUGCGUCUUUCCCCCACCUUCUCGCUCGCGUCCCCCUUCUCCUUCGUUCUUCUCCGCGCGAGACCAUCGCAGCGCGCUGGCUCGUCGUCCGUUUAUCUAUUCAUUCUCUUCUCCCGGCUGGUCUGGAGCUUGCUUGGGGCCCUACUUAGUCUCUGCCGCCAGAACGUAUCUGUCUCGUCGCACAUCCAGGUUGCCUUUACGUGCCGGAGUGCGUUGAAGGAAAUGUCCGUCUUUGCAUUGCGGGCUAGCGACCAGCCGACCCAGGCUUCGGCGGACUUCACGGAGUUGGAUAUCUUCAUUGCCUUCCAGGCUACUGGAGGCAUUGGGUUACUCGCUGUCCUCCUGACGGCGUUAUUCGCGCGGAAAAUAUACAGGCACUUUACAUGGCUGAAUUUCUGCAUCACCUGGUUGAUCUACUGCAUCUCCUACCUGCUACUUGCUUUCACCGGGCAACAGACAAGGAAGGAGGCGCCUGCGUAUCCCAUUUGCCUCACGCAGGCUUCACUAAUCUACGCGGCACCCGUUCUCGUCGCUAUGUCUACCUUCGCGCUCGUGUUGCAGCUAUGGUUCACCUUAUCUAGCGCCCUCGCGCCUCCCGCAAAAGUUAAGUCGCGCAACUACGUCCGCAACGGCUUGCUCCUAGUUGCUCCAUAUGUUGCGUGGCUCGGAGCUGUCAUCACGAUCUUGGUUAUUGGAACCCUGCAUCCCAACACCGUCGAGCGUGCAGGUCAUUUCGUUUACUGCACCAUCUCAUCCGGUCGGCCUGGCAACAUCAUUGCCAUCAUCGUGGCGAUUAUUCUCCUGGUCAUGGUCGUAUUUGACAUUUACAUAGCGACCGUGCUAUACCGGAACUGGCGUGCGCUGCGCGGGUCUGACCGACCUGGCCAGAUCCCCCUCUCGCUGCUCGUCCGUGUCGCGAUCUUCAGCUUCGUCUGCGUCGUCGGCAUAGGCUGCGCUGGAGUCUUCCUGUCGAAUGUCGCGUUCUUCGCGGGAAACGUCAUCAUCGCUCUUAUGCCACUGAUUGCGUUCCUCGUCUUCGGCACCCAGAGAGACAUCCUAGAUGUGUGGAUGUUCUGGCGGCACUGAGACCGCCCCUCACCUCCCGCUCUUCGGCCUGCCUGACAUUCGCUCCUUGCUCCCCCGUGUCCGAUAUUUAUUCGCGUAUCGCGCAACGCUCUUCCGGACUGUAUUGCUCCUCUUCUUUCGCCUUUCUCUUGUAUCGCGACUCGUUCCGAUUCACUUGUAUGUAAGACUAGCGCGCGGGCCCCGCCGACUGAGUCGGAGGGCGGGACGGAGCUCACGAUAAUGACAUGGGACGACGAGAUGUUCUUGGUGG